UAUAACGGCAGCUCAGUCAGCUGACGUGAUUGACAGCAGCGGACAGGAGCGGAGACGAUGGCGUUUCUCCCGGACUUUUCCAUCGAGACGUGGACUUUAAUCGUGUUUCUCGUUGCCCUCAUCUUAGCAUAUGGAUAUGCUCCGUAUGGCCACUUCAAGAAUCUAGGCAUCAAAGGACCCAAGCCUCUGCCCUUCAUUGGGACAUUUCUGGGCUACGCCAAGGGCAUCCAAUACUUUGAUAUGGAGAACUUUCAGAAGUACGGCAGGAUGUGGGGGCUGUAUGACGGUCGAAUGCCUCUCCUGGCUGUGAUGGACACCAGUAUGAUCAAAACCAUCCUGGUGAAGGAGUGUUAUUCUGUCUUCACCAACAGACGGGAUUUUGGCCUGAAUGGACCUUUACGUGACGCUGUGUCAAUCACAGAGGACGAGAAAUGGAAGAGGAUUCGCAGUGUGCUCUCUCCGUCAUUCACCAGUGGCCGACUGAAAGAGAUGUACACAAUCAUGUUGAAGCACUCGGAUAACAUGAUGAGGAGUCUUCACAAGACAGUGGACAGUGAUGAUAUCAUAGAGGUGAAAGAAGUAUUUGGACCUUAUAGUAUGGAUGUUGUGACCAGCACUGCUUUCAGCGUGGACAUCGAUUCCAUCAAUCAUCCGAAUGAUCCUUUUGUGACAAACAUUAAGAAAAUGGUCAAAUUCCAAUUUCUGAAUCCUUUGUUAUUGCUUAUCAGUAAGUGAAACUUUAAAUAGACCAUUCAGGUAUUUUUAAGCGUGGUUGUUUGAGGUACUGACACAAACUCCUGCGUCCAGUUGGAAAGGGCUGUGUUGCUUUGUAAGUUGCUUAUUCUUUUGCACCAGAUUCCAUAGAGAAAAUUGCAGUUUUUAGUGCUUGUGGACUCAGGAGCUGGUGGUCUACUACUGCCAUGUUUAGUAGAUUUGUGUUACUCACGUUAAUCCAAAAGGGUCACACGGUGGUAUAGUGGUUAGCACUCUCGCCUUGCAGC